GGGUUCUGAUUCAGUGUGGAGUGAGACUUCAGUCUGUGCAGCAUCUGUGGAGUUUCUGCCGCUCCGAGGCUCCGAAGGUGGAGCAGAAAGACGGAAAAGUCAAAGAGAAAGUGAAGCAGAAGUGAAGGCAACUCUGGGAGCGACAGAGGCAGCCUGAUUGGGACUCUGGAUGUUCUGGAUCUUUGGGAUUAAAUCUGGACCCUGAUGGAGAUGCUGAUGCUGCUGCUGCAGGGACUCUGCUGCUCAGGUGUGCUCGGAGCCCUGGAGCUUGCCUUUCUGACCGAACCGAGGGAUGUAAUCGCAGUCAGGGACCGCCCCUUGAUGCUGCACUGCCAAGUGGAGGGGGAGGGGCCUAUCAGCAUCACCUGGAGACAUAACGGCGUUCCCAUAGUGACAGGCGUACGGGCGACAGUGCUGAAGAACGGCACGCUGCUCAUCAGGAACUUCUCCAAGAGACGUGAGAGCAACGAGACGGAUGCAGGAGAGUACGACUGCGCGGCAGAGAACCGCUACGGGUUGCUGAUCAGCCGUAAGGCUCGAGUCCAACUAGCCUCUCUCCCGAAGUUCCUGACCCAUCCACAGUCCCUGGCUGUAGAUGUAGGCGGUGUGGCCAGACUCAGCUGCCAGGUGAACGGGAUCCCUGAGGCCAACAUCACCUGGCAGAGAGACCGACGCCCGCUGAGCACAGCUGACCCCAGGUACACUCUGCUCCCCAACGGCGUUCUGCAGAUCACCGGCGUUCAGCGCUCCGACAGCGGCUUGUUCCGCUGCGUCGCCUCAAACAUUGCCAACACACGCUACAGCAAUGAGGCGCAGCUAUCCAUCAAUGUUGCAGGAUCCAGGGUCUACAAGGAGCCCGUCAUCCUUUCAGGACCUCAGAACCUCACCAUCAACGUCCAUCAGACCGCCAUCUUGGAAUGCAUUGCAACAGGGAACCCUCGCCCCAUUGUAUCCUGGAGUCGCCUAGAUGGCCGGUCCAUUGGGGUGGAGGGGGUCCAGGUUCUGGGAACAGGCAACCUGAUGAUAUCUGACGCCACGCUGCAGCACUCAGGAGUGUAUGUCUGCUCAGCCAACCGGCCGGGCAGCAGGUCCAGGAGAACUGCGCUGGGACGGCUCGUAGUUCAAGCUCCUCCUGAGUUUGUGCAGUGGCCCCAGUCUGUAUCCAGGCCAGCAGGGGGCAGUGCAGUUUUCAGCUGCACAGCCACUGGUGUCCCAGAGCCACACCUCAUCUGGUUGAAAAAUGGCAAACUGCUCACUCCAAGCGGAAACGUCAAGCUCACCAAUGGAAACACGACACUGGCUAUCACCCGUAUAACUCCCGAAGAUGAAGCCAUCUAUCAGUGCAUCGCUGAGAACAGCGCUGGUACCAACCAGGCCAGCGCCCGGCUGGCCAUCGUCCAAGGACCUGAGCUGCCGGAGGCCCCCACUGGGCUCAGAGCUGUGGCUCUCAGUUCCAAUAGUCUGCAGCUCACCUGGGACCAGCCAGAACCCCACGUCAGCCAGCAGAUCAUAGGAUAUGUCCUACACAUCAGGAGGCUGGGAGAACCUGAUGGCGCAGAGCUACAGGAGGCUGUCGACAAGAGCACCUUUGUACAUGCCUUCGAGAACCUGGAGGCUGCCACCACCUACUCCAUCUACCUGAAGGCGUACUCUGCUCAGGGAGGCAGUCAGCAGUCCAGUGCCAUCACUGCCACCACGCUGGGAGGAGUUCCUAGUCCUCCCAGUUUCUUCACCAAGGUCCUAAACCAGACUGCUAUGCAGGUGUACUGGGAGCUGCCCAGUAAGCCAGGAAAGGUGGAAGGCUUUAGAUUGGAGUAUCGUGCUGUCUCGAACCCUGACAUUCAGGGACAGGAGUUCUUCCCAGGACACAUCAAUACUCACACCAUCUCCCACCUAGAGCCGGCAGCGGUUUAUGAGAUCCAGUUGGUGGCAUUUAACGGGAAUGGGGACAGUCCAUCUACACGUCGCCUCGUCUCUCUGUCAGAGGACGAAGCCUCUGCUUCAGCUGGUCAAAGCUGUAACUGUGAUCAGUCGGACCCUUCCAUGUCGACUCUGCUGGUUGGCGUUCACAGUGGACUCGCCUGCAUCCUCUGCUGCCUGCUCUUUGUCCUGUUGGCCUACAGACGCAGCUUUAUCUGCAGGAAGGAGGCGAGCUGGGAGACACCACCCACCUUGAAUGGAGUCAGAGGUUCCAAGAGUCCCACAGGCGAGAACAUUGAGCUGAAUCAGAGAUGUGACUCCAGCUUUCCACCAGUGAUGGUCAUGAUCGAGUCGACUCAACCUGUCGAGCCUGGCACAGGAACCGGAUAAAUCCCCUCCCCCUCCCCAUCUCCAGCUGUGGUGGCCUCCUCACCUCCUGACAGCCUUACCUUCUAGUAUCUGUUUUUUUAGAUGAUAAUGAUGAAGAGGAGGAAACUCCAGAGACCAUCUGAUUCCACAGAGGACCAAAAUUUUACCACCUCCAAAACCUCUGCACUACAGCUAAGAUGUCCAUUUGCUCUGGAUGCAAUUCACACUCUUAACUCCAAACCAAAACCAAAGCUGAUUUCCCUCUGAUCCAAACUCAUGGCCUACCCGGGUCACGUGACCCACCCCGUCCUCUGUGCAAUCAGAUGUCCCUUCCUGUUCAAACCAAACCCUAUUAUUCGUUUAGUUUUGCAUUAUUUUAGUUCGAUCACCGACUGUGCCAAGUUUUCUGAUACGAUGAGGCCUUUCACCGCGCUGACCAGAACCCGGGUCCUCAGGGAGUCCACUAGAGCAGGUAGUUCACCUGCCGGGUGUCUCAGGCCCAAAGCCAAAGGGAUGCAAUAGAAUCUGGUCAGAAGGUGACAGAAGUAUUCACCUUAUGUCAGGAUGCGGAGGAUGGCAGAACUCAGCUGGAGCCCCCCUUCCCCCCUUUACCAAACUCUUCUCCUCCAAAGAGCGCUACCUCAGGCUCGACACCGUUAGCCUCUUGCUGCUGACCAGGCCAAGCUACCUCAGAACCAAAAGCUCCCCUGGAGCCAAGUCCAAGUUUCUUCGUUAUGAUUGCUCCCCUGUUGAUGUCCUCAGUCUGACCAUUACCAAGAGGAGUCUAUGAACUUUGUCUUUUUCCACCAUCAGAGUAUUAUGGUUUCCAUCUAUCAACGUCUUCUCCAGUGUUACUUCAGAGACCCAGAACUCCUACCCCAGGUUAGGAUUAGAAUCUAA